CCGUACAUGCUUCUGAAACGCAUCUGAUUCUGCCGAAAGUUCUUUCAAAUAGGAUCCAUUCUCUAAUUUGCCCCUUUGACCUCAACAAAGCAUAAUACAAGUAUAAACCCCACACAAAAUCUUAAUCAACUUACCAAAAAAGAACGUGAUUUUCACCUUUUAUAUUACUUGUUUCCAUUGAAUAUUCACCACAUGCUUCUCAUGUCUUUUUCACUUUCAUUACCAAAUAUUUCACCUUUAAACCCCCAAAAAUCCCACUAAUUCAUUGUUUUAUCAAAUUUAGAGACAUCUGAAGCCAAGCAGCAGAAUCAGAGAUAGCUGGUUGACUCUUGGUAUUCAUUUUACUUGUUAAAUUCUUAAGCUUCUGCAAGUCAAAAGUCAAAUGUACCCAAGGGUUAAGGUGAGGCAACAGAAAGAAGAAGACGAUGAGUAUGCAUAUGAGUCUUUGCCAUCAUUGAAGGCUUUUGAAUCCCUUUCCUUAAGUGACUUAUCUUCUUCAGAUGAUUCGCCAACAUCAGUUGUGAGGAUACCCCGAGCAUGUAUUUUAAGCCCAGAUAGACAUGGGAUUUCAUCAUCAACAGGGAGAACAAAGGACAAUAACCAAAACAUUUCUGGUGGAAGCAAAACAAAUGCAAGGGCCAGUUCAGUCCCACGACCACGUGCAGUCUUAUCAAGUCCUGAUAAUGAUCAGAUGAUAAGAAAUAGGGGCAAGACGAAAGCAGAACUAAUUUCAGGCUUGAAAAGUUGCAAUUCAUGUCAAAACAGACAUCACACCAGGUGCAAAAUUUUUCCAAAAUCAAUUCAAGCUGAAAACCCUACAAUUGGAAAUAAGGGCUCAAAAGAAACAGCUGAUGUAAAACUUGAUCCUCGGGCAAGAGGAAGGCUAGUAAAAGCUGAUCAAAGUCAAAAGACACAUCUUCGUAAAGGAGAUCAAGAUUCUUAACAGUCCGUAUUGUCCGAGUAAUAACUUUCAAAUAGGAUUGUUCUAGCCUGCAUACUAAUUGUGAAAGUUUCUGACUGCAAUUGGUCGCGCUUGACCAAGUUAUAACUGAACUAGAAACUCUUCAAAGAGCAACCUUAAUGAGAUGAUUUCUUUUACGAUAAAACUCAUCCUCUUUGCAGAAAAUUCUGCAUCUUCAGACUGUUGACGUGUUACACCAUCGUCUAGCUGCAAGUGCUUAAUUUCAAUUUAAAAGUGUCAUUGACCAGUAAGUAAUGUUUUCCCUGUGAAAAGUUAUGUUUUAUCUGUUUUUACCUUUAGCAUCAGUGAAUAGCCAAACUUUCUUGCUGUCAUGGCUCCUUUAUUAGUUGAAAUUGUUGGUUAGUCCUCAUUAAUGGAACUUAAACUUGUUUUGGAGACAUUA